GCAUACGUCACGAUGACAUGUUUGUUUCCAGGUGGGCGAGGAGGAGGAGCCUAAAACACCUCCGGAACGUGGAGCUCUCACCAAAGCUGAAAAAGAGUUUUGAACUUUCUUUGGGGUAAAGUUGAUGGAAGAAGAAGAAGAAGAAGAAGGAUUUGGAUUAUGUAAAGUGGAAUCGGAGGAGAGAAGGAAAGGAUCAGGGCCGAGAGCUCUGUCUGAGCUGCAGCACUUCACCAAGUCUGGACUUGCUCUCCCAAUCCAGGCAGCUUUAUUAUGCAGAUGGCACAGCAAGGAGAACCUCUGUAUGAUUUCCCAGAGCCCACCAAGUCAUCGAAGUGCAAGCAAUUGGCUCAUCAACGGUCCCGAGGAUCUCUGAGGAGCAUCAGCGUGCUGGAUCGUCUCCUGCUGACUGUUCCUGUGUGGCUUCAGCUGUCGAUCAAUGCUGCGACUGCACUGCACAUACUGCAAAGGGAGCCUACUGGGACCUUCCUGGUGCGUAAGUCUCGGACAUCCCAGAGGAAUGUUCUGUGUAUCCGUUUGGCGGAUGACAGCGUGCCGUUCUUUGUUCAGCAGUUUGGUAUCAGGGAGGAACGCGCCAGUAAAACUCUGAGUCUGGAGACCUCAGCCAUCAGCUUCCCGGAUCUCCCAAGACUGAUCUCCUUCUACUGUGUCAGCAGAGAUGUCCUGCCUUUCCCUCUGGAGCUUCCUGAAGCCAUCGCAAGGGCGUCAUCGCACAAGGAGCUGGAGUCAAUCUCUCACAUGGGAGUAGAAUUCUGGAAUUCCCACCUAAAUGUCCGAGGGCCUAGAGAGGCUCCAAAACCCCCAAAAGACCAGGAGAAGCAGCCAGCCCCUGCAACCCCAGCCCCUCCUUCUACUGCUCCACAAGCAAGCUCUGCAGCUCCACCUGAUUCAGCUCCCCAGCCUGACUCAGAUCCUCAGACCAAGACUGCACCUGAAUCAGACACAAAGCCACCCGGACCUGGCUCCGCCCUGUUCCAAGAGUUUUGUCCGAUCACGACCCGCAGCCCCGGAGAGCUGGAUUUUGGCUCCGGCCUGGGCGCUCUCUGUUUCAUCAACCCGUUGUUCCUGCAGUCCCAGAAUUCUCUGUCCAGAAGGCGCAUGUUCAAACGCAGCCUCAAGGUUCGGAUUUCCACGGAGACGUCAUCCCUGCUGUCGCCCCCGCUCGUUCCUCCUCCUCCUCCGCCUUUAAUGCCCAAAACCAGAGGGAGGUGUAAAGCCCAGAAACAGGUCACACAGCCGGGUAAAGGCCCAACUCAAACUGCUCAGAUGGAUCCCACAGUUCAGGACAACACCGAUGUGGGCUCCUCAGGUACUCUUCUCCUCCAGCCUGAGGUGGAGGAGCAGGAGGAGGAAGAAGCUGCUCUUCAGCCACCAACAGUUAUGGAGCAUCUCUCAGAAGACACAGACUACAUGCAGCCGUCUCCUCUGAUCACUUCCUCACUUAUGCCCUCACUCUCACCCUAUCUCUCUCCAUCUGCGCCUCCUCUUUUCCCCAAAGUAUCCCCCUCCAUCUCUCCUCAUGGCUCCCCGGGUGCUUCUCCUUGUCUCUCACCUUAUCAAUCCCCAUCUCUCUCUCCCAAGGCUCUUUCCUCCCUCUCCCCGUACGAGUCCCCCGCUGCUUCUCCCCCCAGGUCCCGAUCUCCUUCCCCUAAAGCCCCUUUCUCGCUCUCCCCCUUCACCUCUCCAUCCUUUGCCCAGCUGGAGCAGGCCUAUCACACACCUACAUCCUCUCAGAGACCUGAUCCCUCUAGAGCGGGGAGAGAGGCUGAAGAGGAGGGAGCAGGUGUGGAUGGAAAUAAGGAGAUGAGUGAGGAACUGAACAAGAAGGGAGAAGAGGAGGAUCUGGUUUUACAGAUGAGUGCUGCUGCUUUAAAUGAAAAAGAGAGUCAGUCUAACCCGUAUGAAGAUAGUACAAGCAUCUCGCUGUCAGAUCUUUUAGACUUCUAACAGGACUGCAUCUUGUGAUCUGAUGAGAGGUUGUGUAGAUGUUCAGUGUUGAUAUGUUGAAAGUAUUCAGGGCUUUUAAAUGGAGGUGUUUUAAGAAUAUGGAACAUGUUUGAAUUAAACACAUUUUACAAUGUU